AUCAAGAAUGGGUCUUAUGAUCAUCCCGAGACGCGGAGCAGGAAAGACCGACUUCCUAUAUCUAUGCAUGUAUAUACCUCAAUUAUAAGAACUACAGUUUUCAUGAGACGCUCAACAUGAUUCUCAAGACAUCUGAAAUGGCCAGGAUUCUCACAGUCUAACUAAGGGCAACAUUUCCAACCAACAUGAAGAACAAAUCAGUAGAGACUGCCCCAGCUGACAGCAGUCCGGAGGACGUGGAGGACUCUCCGCUUCUCAUCUCGUCAGUGGACUCCGAAAGCAACAUCCCAGAAUCAAAAGAGGAGAAGAGGACUCGUCUUGGUGUCACGUUGUGUAUCUUGUUCACGGAGUUAUGUGAACGGUUGACUUAUUAUAGCAUUGUUGGCAAUCUGGUUCUUUUCUUGACCAACUUUCUAGGAUUUGGAAGUGCAGAUGCUGUGACCAUUACAUUGAUAUUUACAGGAACGUGUUACUUUCUGCCAAUUGUUGGUGGAUGGUUGGCCGAUUCUGUCGCUGGGUGCUACAAUGUGAUAUUUGGGGCUGGGUUGAUAUACAUUGUCGGGACAUUCGCACUCCCGCUUGUAGCUUUUGACUAUUCCAGUUGGGGAUGGGAUAAUAUGAGUGAGGGAGCGAAGAGGGGCUUCUUUCUCUUUGGCUUGACCCUCAUAGCAAUAGGUACAGCUGGCAUCAAAGCCAAUGUCAGUCCCUUCGGAGCACAACAACUGGAAAGUGCUGGUCCUCAUGCAGUCCAGGUAUUCUUCAACUGGUUUUACUGGUUCAUCAAUGUUGGUGCUGUAAUAGCAUAUGGUGGUGUAAUGUAUGUCCAACAAGAAAUCAGCUUUGAAAUUGGUUACCUCAUACCAGCCAUCAGCAUGGUAGUUGCUGUUAUCAUUUUCGUUCUGGCCGGGAAGAAGUACAAAAGGCAACCUCCAGGGGGAAGUGUGCUAACCAGGACUUUCAAGAUCACCACGGAUGCGAUUUCAAUCAAAAAGACUAGUAUUUACAAAUAUUCCUCAUUCCUUGAUUUUGCCAAGUUCAGCAAUGGCGGUGACCAUAUCGAUAAGGACGUUGAUGACGUCAAACAGCUUGGCGGCAUCCUCCCUGUUUUCGGCUGCAUCAUCUUUUACAAUACUGUUUAUUCUCAGAUGGGAUCGACAUUCCUUCUCCAGGCAGAGAGGAUGAAUCUAGCAUUAGGAGACUUCACACUACCCGCUGCUUCAUUAAACCUGUUUGAUUCUCUGGUCAUUCUUGUCCUAGUGCCCUUUAUGGAUAGAAUCGUUUAUCCUCUGCUUGACAAGUGUUGGAAGAGACCCUCGCAGCUGGUUAGAAUUGGUUUUGGAAUGAUCCUGGCAGUCUCUAGCAUGGUGGUUGCUGGUAUCCUUGAGAUCUAUAGGAAAGAAGAACUGUCCCAGUCUGGUGGCUUUUCACAAGAAGUUGCCGAAAAAUACUUCAAUGCAUCGCAUUAUAGUGUGCUGUUACAAGUGCCACAGUUUGUUUUGAUCGGUGCUAGUGAAGUGUUUGCUAUGGUGACUGGGUUGGAGUUUGCCUACAGCGAAGCCCCGAGUUCCCUGAAAGGUGUAGUGAUGGGCAUGUUCCUGGUCACCUCUGGAUUAGGAAAUUACAUUGGAUCUUUGCUGAUCAACAUUGUGAAUGCUGCAACUGCUGGAGAUGAGUGGUACCCAGACGAAAUCAACACAGGUCAUCUUGACUACUAUUUCUUCCUGGUUGGCGGUCUGAUGAUGCUAAAUACUCUUGUAUAUUUCAUCAUAGCGUACAGAUACAAGAAAGUGAAGUACAAGAAAAAGGACUAUGUGAUAGGGUAUUACAAGGCUGAUGCUAGCAAAUAUAAUAGACUUACGGAUGAGAAUAAUGCUGAUGUUACUGUGGUAGACGAAGCAGUAGAUACCUAGCAGUGUUUUGGUGUGCGGAAUUCUAAACAAGUGUGGUCCGUAAUGUCUGCAAAAUUGUUCGAGCUGCAUUAUUUGUAGUCCUACAAAAACCUGCAUAGAACUAUAUUUUUGGUAUCCAUGAAAAUUUGAUAUCAUUGUACAAUGUAGAUGCUCAAAAUGAUAAUUUCAUGACCUGUACAUUAUCAUUAACAUCCUCUCGUGAAAAUAAUCAUCAUAUCAUUAUUACCUGUAAUAGUGCAAAUCUAGUUACAAUCCAAAUAGAAAUUGAAGAGUUUGUGUCUAUAUAUUAAUUUUCUUAUGUCUUUAAACCUAUCUGUGAUUGAACUUUACAUCAUCUUGAGUGAAUAUUUUUAAAACUUAUAUGAGGCGCGAAUAAAGAUACAUGUACCCGGUAACAAAAAAGGCGUGAAAUUUUACCGUCUUUGCAGUAUAUACUCACACAUUAAAAUGUUCAUUUUCACAUACAGAUUGAUUUGUGUUCUUGAUGCGUUUCUUGAACUUUACAUG